UACAAUCUGUGCCUGCAAUGAAAUUAUAAGAUUUCAAUCACCAGUUUAAAAGUUAAAAGGAGCUUAUUUAGAAAGUCGCACGCAAAUAAAAAGCUCAUCUGAUCUCGAUCUCUCUGCAAAAUUGAGUUUCAAAACAUUCAAAAUUUUGGGACGUGAGAGAGAGAGAAGCAAAUGGGGAGAUUACCAGCUGAUGUGUGUAUGAAGAUCUUCGGUUCGUUGGAUCACCAGAAUCUUGCAACUGCUCAACAAGUUUGCAGGAGGUGGAAAGUCUUGGCCUCAGACAAUAUUCUAUGGUCUAACUUAUUCGAAGAGCGAUGGGGAAGAGAUCAAGCCGCAUUCUAUGCCCCUGUAGGUUUAAAAUCAUGGAAAGAUAUGUAUGAAGUUCAAGAUCGCUGUGAUCGAGUCGGACUAGGGCUGAAGAUUAUCAGAGAAGGCAGAGACUAUUACCUCAUCCACCAAGGUGAAAUUCAACGCCAUUUGGGCUCAAGACGACAGCAAAAGGGACCAAAUGGCUGUUUACUCAGUUCAGAAACAGACUUUGUCGGAGGAGAAGGAUCUCUCGAGGAGGAACCCAGCUUAGGGAUUCUGGACAAAAUCCUUUUCUUCCUUGGGGACUUGGAAUCAGCUUCGUCAGUAUGUGCAAAACGUAGCCGCAAGGUGUGAAUGAUUCUUGACAAGGUGUGCUGACAAUCUGUUCUACCAAAUUUUUUAAUUUUUUAAUUUUUUUUCUGUAUGUAUGUAUGUAUGCACUGAUGCCAAUUGUGGUGAGGGUGUUUUGGAUGUUUAAUUAUGAUAAUGGAAGUAUCUCCUUUCUUCCUUUUUAGGUGUGUUUACUAUGGUUUCAAAUGUAUAAAAUGCUUAUGCUCUUAUUUUGUUGUAUGGUUUCAACUAAUUAACAUUCUUACU